AUGAAUACCCCUAUUCCUCCUAAGGUCAAGAUCCCUACAUUGGACCCUUAUGAUGGAAAGACGGACCCAACGGACCAUCUGAACACUUACAAAGCACAGAUGGGAGUCCAAACCGGGUGUGAGGACUCAUGGUGUAGGUUCUUCCCCACUACUCUCAAGGGCAUAGCCCAGACAUGGUUCAACAACCUUACCCCCGGGAGCAUAAGAACGUUUGAUAUGUUAGCCACUCAGUUCAAAAAGCACUUCAUCGCUGGGAGUAGGCAAACAAAGACUAGCGUUCAUUUGAUGACGGUCAAACAAGGGGAGAAUGAAAGUCUUAAGGACUACAUCAAGAGGUUUAACACCGAGUCUCAGCUCAUCCCCGACCUCCAAGACAAUGUUGAUUUCACAGCCCUUCUCUUCGGGCUCAAGUCUAACAAGCUGAAGUUUGAACUUGUCCAUGACAAGGUGAGCACCUUCUCUAAAGCCAUGGAGAGAGCUGAAAGGAUCAUUGAAGCUAGUGAGGUGUGCAAGGCACCCGUAGCAAACAACAAGGGAAAGAGGAAUCAAGAAGAUAAUUACCAUGACAACAGGAAUAGAAGGCCGAGAAGGGCUGAGAGUGAUGAUGAAGGACUCAAGUACAAUGUUGAUAGGCGUGAGAUCUAUUUGGACAUAAAUCACAAGGCUAUUCUUCCUAAGCCUAACCCCAUGAACACGCCGAUAGAGCAGAGGAACAAGAAGCUUUGGUGUGAAUACCACAAGGAGUGUGGUCAUACCACCCGGAACUGCAGAGAGCUUAAGAGAGCCCUUGACAAGCUAGCUGAAGAGGGAAAGAUUAAAAGAUAUCUCAAGUCCCCCCCGAAGGAUAAGCAAAGCAAGGCCGCCAAAGAAGUGCAAGAAGCCCAUAGCUCAGCUGACACUAACUUGAGCAUCAAUGUCAUAGCCGGAGGGUUUGCCUCCGGGGGUUUGUCUAACAGGGCACGCAAAAGUCACUUGCGGUCGCUCGAAGAGCCCAUCUAUGAUAUCGGCACUCCCUCAUCUACCCCGAAGGAUCCCCUCAUGGUAUUCGGGGAUGACAAAGGAAAGAAGAUUCAAAGGCCUCAUGAUGACCCCUUAGUGAUUCAUAUGAAGGUGGCCAAUGCUAAGGUGAAGAAGAUCUUAGUAGAUAGUGGAAGUUCAGCGGAUAUCAUCACAUGGAAAUACAUCGAGCAGAUGCGUUUUGGAAGAGGUGACCUUACACCCCUGGAGAAACCCUUAGUGGGAUUUGGGGGGCAUCAUGUGUACCCCUUGGGAACAAUCAAGCUUCCUAUCCGUUUGGGGGAAAAGAACAAAGGGAGAAGCUUGGUUCACACGUUCUUGUGGAUACCCCUCUGCCAUACAACAUGA